AUGGAGGUAGGAUGUCCAAUGGAGAUCUACUUGAUUUCCAACAUGGAAAUAAAAUCUGGUGGAGCCAUGGUGGUAGGAUGGAUGUCUAGUAGAGAUCCACCUGAUUUCUUACGUGUAAAUAAAAUCUCAUGGAAUCAUGGAGACACAGGACUAAGAAUCUUCGACACGUGUCAUGAUAGGAUUAUAGUGUUUAGACAAGUUUUGCGAGUAGUGGUUGAGCAAAGUUGCGCGCCGGAUUAUGAGAUGGGUAUAUUGAUGCUAUCCCAAUAUGGACCCAUGAUGGAGUAUCUUCUCAGUUACAACGGUUUGCCAAUCGGCAUCUACGAGGAACGAGAUUUCACAGUGCCCAUAAUCAAUAUCCUGGCGCAUUAUCUGAGCACCAAGUAUAAGAUCGUCGAUCUGGUCCACGCCAACACGGAUUCUGUUCUCGAUGAUUUCCUAGAAGUUAUCAAGGAUGCUGGUGUGUGCGUGAAACGAAGUGACAGGCAUGUCAACGGUGACAGGUAUGCGAACGUCACGGAAAUGGUGAUAGUCGCAAUCGACCUCAUACCAUCCGAAUCGUAUGUCAUUAAACCGGAAAUUUCUCGUUUCGAUCUUGGCGAGUUCUCAAGCGCGGGUGAAUUCCUGGAGAACUGCAACAACUUAGCAAACCACUCUCCGUAUCUUCUCGACGUUGAGAAGGCUGUCAUCAAGUUGGCGGAAGUCUUCCAGGAUUUCCGCAAGAGAAACUGCUCUAUCGACGAGGAGAGUAGCAUCAUGACGCAAUCCCCAACAUUAGAAUCGCAGACAUUAGAAUCGCAACGGGAAAUUCGUGAUUUUGAUGUCUACAAGCAUCUUCACAUGCAACCGGAAUCACACUUGCUGAAAUACGUGGUCAUUACGAAAAUACAGCACGAGUUUAUCGACGUCGCUCUUUACGAGAUCGAAAUGCCCAAGCUACGCGUUCUCCCGAAGAGGACGAUAUUCGAAAUGCCAGGGAUCUGUCUGGAGCAUCUCAUUAAGAAUUGUGAAAACUGCACAAAUUUUCAGAGUCGCGAUACAAAAGUAGAUGUCGUUGGCAAAAAUGUUCUAAAAAAUAGCUUCUAUGUUCCUGUUUUCUUGAUUGUCAUCAUAUGUGGUAUUCUUGUGUGCUGCAUCAUGAUGAUUUUUUGUCUAUAUCAUAUCACGACCAAGGAAAUUCUUCAUGGCAAUUUGGUCUUCACAAUUGUCCUCGUCCUGGUCAACCUAUUUAUCCUACUGACGGCACUGCCCUUCUGCGUGACAGACGAUUAUUUCGGUACGGAAAACCUGAACGCUUGGAAGAUCCUUCUCACCACUCUCGCAUCGGCCCGAUUCGGCCUCAUAUUCUCAAUCAUGCUCUCGAGAGCACUCUUUUUAACCUUGUCCACAGGCGGUGUUUUUAUUCACAUUAAUGGAUAUUUACAGAGUCUUAUGGCGCUCUUGGCAUACGGCGUGCAAAUCGCCAUGUCGGUUAUGUAUUUCGUUCUGAGCACAACGAACUCAGCUGUCGUCAUCAGGAGUCUUAUUUUUAUCGCGUUACUAGGAUACGAUAUAUUUUUAUUAAUUGCAUUGUUCGUCACUUGCUACUUCAUUAUCCAAAUACAACAUAAUUACCACGAAGAAAAAUACUUCUUCAGAACUUCUAUUGGUCUUCUAAUAAUAUGGGUAAUAGUAUGGUUGACUUGCUUCAUGUUGAUGCAAUCGGAAAAUCGUGACGCAGUCAUUUUCUUCGGUACAGUUGCUACGGCUUAUUUAAUCAUUUUCGGUGUCUUAAUAUCAAGGAUAUAUUAUAUUAUGCGCACACCCAAAAGGAAAAAUUUAGGACAAAGAUUCGAUCCUGUCAACCUACUAACCGAUUCGACUGUUAAUACAAUUAUCAGGCAGUCAUGUUCUUCCCACGAUUAUGUUUAUCCUGCUCGAGAAAGUCAGAUUUUGCGAAUGCCAUCAGCAUAUUCAAAUUACUAUGGUAAUUUAAGUUCAAACUCAAAAUACUUCAAGAGAUGCAGAAGUCCAAAUCACUACGAAAUGCCUACAUAUAAUAAUUACGAAUGUUACGCGAAAAUGAAGGAAAUUGACGCUGCUUACGUUACCCUGCGAAUGUACGUCGAGAACACGGAGUUUUUAGCAACAAAUAAUGUCAUUUACGCGAAGCCAAAAAUCUAUAAAUUUCAGAGAAUAAGUUUGGAAGAGAGAAGCAACACAGAAACCACUUGUAAUAGAGAUAAUUCUUCACCUGUCUCUAGACAACACAUCGAAAUGUAUUCCAUAAGAUACACUAGCCCAACGAAUAUACUAAGGGAACGAAAAAUUGAUGAAGAAGAAGAGAAUGAAGAAGAAGAAGAAGAAGACGAAAAGGAUCAGGAAGACGAAGGUGCCAGCAGAAUUACCCGCUUUUGACUACUUUAAAAUCUAGUUUAAUUUUUAAUGCUUUCAUCUUUAUGAAUUUUUCAUAAAAUAUAACAUAGAUAAAGAACCCCGCACAAA